GCCACACAUGCAUCAGAGAUGGUUUGCUCUCUCCUCAUGAACCUCCCAAGCCCACAUCGCUUGUCUCCCCCCAUCCGAAGCAGAGACCCCGGUAACUGGAAUUCGAUCCUCAAGCACCACGUCAGGCUAAAAAAUGACCGGGCCAUCCUCGCAACCUUCGCCGAGAUGGAAGCUUCGGGCGCCCACCGCGACAGGGUCGCACUGCCGGUCGUCCUCAAGGCGUGCGCGAGGUUGCAGGAUGUCGAGUUCGGUAAACGAGUUCAUUCGUGCAUAGUUGGGACAGAACUAGCUGACGACGUGCGCGUUCGGACUGCGCUCGUGGAUUUGUACUGUAAAUGCGGAUUAGUUGAUGAUGCGCUCGAGGUAUUUGAGGAAAUGACGCAGAGAGAUUUGGUUUCAUGGAAUGCCAUGAUCUCUGGGUGUGUUGCCAAUUGUCAGUACAAAUACGCGAUCUUGUUGUGUUUUAGGAUGAGAAGAGAUGGAUUGAGGCUAAAUUCGGUCACGCUGGUUAGUCUAAUAUUAGCCUGUCGUGAGUUGUCUGAGUUCAGGCUUGGGCAGGCUGCACAUUGCUAUAGUUUGAGAAGUGGGAUUCUUCAACUGGAGCCUCAUGUUGGGACUUCCUUGAUUGGGUUCUAUUCGAGGUUUGACAUGCGGUUAUCACACAAUGUAUUUGAAGUAUUGGAGAGAAGGAACACUGUGUGUUGGAAUGCUAUCAUAGAUGGGUAUUUCCAGACUGGAAAAUGUUCUGAAGCUUUAAAGAUCUUUCUUCAUAUGAUAGUAGACAAUGUGGCUCCUGAUUCUGUGACAUUUUUAGCUGUCAUGCAAUCAUGUGGGGAAUUCGGAUGCUUAAAGUUUGGGAAGCAAGUGCACCAACUAGUUAUUAAAUACGGUUUUUCUGUAGAUAAGUUUGUGGGGAAUGCACUGAUCAAUAUGUAUGGUAGGUGUGGAUAUUGUGAACAUGCUAGUCUAGUUUUUGAAAGAGGGCUAACAGGGGAUGUUGCUUCAUGGAAUGCUAUGAUCUCUGCAUACAAGAAUUGCAUGUGUUUCAAUGAAGCACUUGCUCUGUUUAGCAGGAUGAAGUGUGACUGUAUAGGAGAAAAUAUGGUCACCAUUGGUAUAAUGCUUUCUGUAUGUGCUCAGUGUGGCUGCUUAGCAAGAGACUUGAAUAUUGUCACAUCUGCUCAAGAGAUUUUUAAUGGGAUGGAUAAGUCAAAUGCAGUUUCUUGGAACGCAUUGAUCAUGGCUUUGAUCAAGGAUGGGCUGACAUGCAAGGCUUGGGAUCUCUUCGGGAAAAUGCAACAAACAGAAACUAAACCAAACUCAUUCACUAUGGUCUCUCUUCUUAAAGGAUGCACAAACAACUUAUUUUUAAAUUUUGGCAGGUCUAUUCAUGGUUAUGUGAUAAGGCAUGGGCUUGAUGUCAACUCAUCAUUGUGCACUGCACUUGCAGAUAUGUACAUGGACUGUGGACAAGAAUCAGCAGCAUUUUAUAUAUUUUGGAAUCACUCUGACAGAGAUUUAGUAUCUUGGAAUGCUAUGAUUGCUAGCUAUAUUCACAAUGGACGACCGAAUGAUGCUCUUACUCUCUUCUAUCGAAUGCAGUUUGAAACAAAACCUGAUGCAAGUACAAUGAUCAAUGUUCUUCCGUCAUGUGCACAAAUGGGGAGUCUUCUGCAAGUAAAAGGCUUUCAUGCAUACAUUGUAAGAAGGGAGCUCGGCUUGCCACUUGAUACUUCUUUGGGAAAUGCUCUUCUGACGAUGUAUGCAAAAUGUGGAAGCAUAAGGAGUGCUGAAUCGAUGUUCAGAAACCUACUGAAGAGGGACAUCAUCUCUUGGAAUGCCAUGAUUGCAGCAUAUGGAAUCCAUGGCCAAGGUGAAGAUGCUGUUCGGAUAUUUUGUGAAUUGCUUAGUGCUAGAGAGAGACCUACCCGUGUAACAUUUGUUUCUAUUCUGUCUGCAUGCAGUCACUCCGGUAUGAUUGAGAAGGGAUGGGAAAUUUUCCAUUCCAUGAAUAGGGACUAUAAUGUACCACCUGAGGUUGUUCAUUAUGCUUGCAUGGUCGACCUUCUUGGCCGUGCAGGAAACCUUGAUAAAGCCAAAGAACUGAUCUGUUCAAUGCCCAUGGAACCAGAUGCUAGUCUCUGGAGAGCUCUCCUGAGCGCAUGUAGAAUGUUUUAUAACAUGGAACUUGCGAGGAUAAUCGGUGAAAAGCUCAUUGAAUUAGAACCAAUGAACAUUGCAAAUUACAUACUUCUCUCCAAUAUAUAUGCUGCAGCUGGAAAUUGGGAAUACGUCACUAUCUUGAGAGCAGACAUCAAGGAGAAAGGUUUAGAAAAGACUCCAGGUAACAGUUGGAUAAACAUUAAAAAUGAAGUCCAAUCUUUUACUGCAGGGAACAAACAAGUCCCUCAGUUUGAGAUGUCGUACACAAAACUCAAACUGUCUUUGGACGAGCUAGUGGAAAAUGGAUAUAUUCCUCAUACAAGUUCAAUCUGGCAUAAUGUGUAGAUCUGGGCAAAGGAAUGAUUCUGAUUAGUUAGUGUGAGGAUCUGGCAACUUAUCUAAAUCCCCUCAACAAGGUUCUACAGAACACAUUCCAACAGAAAUCUUCAGGGCCCUGGUGAUUACCACUGUUUUCAGCAAACCUUGUCUAUAAGUUUUUGCUGGAAUCUUCUCAAAUCUCCAGGCCUUUUGCAUCCUUUCAUGUCAUCUGGUCAUGCAUGAACUUGAUGCCAGACGGUCGACUAUCAGAAUGUUUUUCCAAAUGAAAUUGGUAUAAUCUUCUAC